UCCUUACAAUAGGUUGAACCAAUAUUGGCCUAUAAUACAACAAAUGUUUGUCAUCAUUAUUUUGUUUUUACAUUACAGACGGCGACAAGUCUCUGUUCAUUAAGACACCAUGCUUGUGUUAGACAAAAGCAGUUUGCCGGAGACAGAGAGACAUCUGUUAGAAAAUAAAACAAUACUGGUUCUUGGUGAAGAACAGAUCGACAGAAAAUGGAUUCGAUCUACCCUUCAGAAUUAUGGAGUCAAACUGAUUCUGGUUGAAACCAAGCCCGACGUCAUUCUUCCUGAAGAUGUCUACAAAUACAUACAGUACGAUUUCACUGACCAUACACAAGACGAAACACAUGCCGACAGAAUAGCGCAGAUGUUGACAGCUCUUAAAGUCUCCAUCGAUGGAUGUUGUACGUUCACAGAUGAAUGCGGACCACUAGCUGCUUAUUUAUGUGAGAAGUUGGGACUGACUGGAGGUGCAGGCGUAUUGGGGGCAAUGAAUGCUAAGUACAAAAGUUCAACACACAUUUACCUUCAGAAACAAAUCAACGAUGUUCGCCAGUUCCCGCGAACGUACGAAUACACCGGAAGGUCCGUUAAGAUCACUUGUUCAGAAACACUGAGAUCUGCCGCAGAAAUGGUUGGAUGUCCGGCGGUCUGUAAACCGGAUAGCGGAGCGCAUGGGAAUGGAGUUCAGCUGAUUCAGAGCAACGAGGAAUAUGAACGCGUCGCCAAGACAUUCUUAGAUGGGAAAUCAAUGAUGAUAAUGGAAUAUUUUGAUGGCAGUGAACACGACAUCGAGGUGAUCAUAUGUCGAGGCGAGGUCCUUGCCGCCAUUGUUUCAGACAAUGGUCCUACAAGAACGGGAUCCUUCGUGGAAACGUCUAUGUCAAUGCCAUCGUGUCUGCAUCCCUCCAAGGCCGCGCAACUCAGGACAGCAGCAUCACACUGUUGUAUUGAUAUCGGCCUCCGUAACGGCGUUUUUAACGUGGAGAUGAAAUUUACGUCCACGGGUCCGAAGCUGCUGGAGAUCAAUGGGCGGAUGGGCGGAAACUAUGUACGAAACUGGAUGUACACUUGCUACGGAUUUGACCUACUUUGGUAUACGUUGGUAAUUGCAGCAGGAAUUCGACCUCCUGUUCCGACUGAACAAACAAACGUCCACAUAAUGAGUAUCACGUGCGCUUGGCCUGACCAUGAACAUAUUCUUUGCAAAAAAGAAUUUGGGGCAAAAAUUGAUGAACUGAUCAAGACUGAUAAAAUCCAUUUCUUCGGCAGGAGAUAUUUAGAUCCUAAAGAAAAUGUCCACCAUGACACCAUACCCGUUUGUAGCGUCGCAGUUGUCGAGCAUGACUUACAACACGCGAAAUCAACACUCUUGACAAUAUGUAAGGACCUUGGAAUUCAAACUUCACUUUUUGAUGUCCCGACAUAUCUUUCAGAUUUUGUGGAGAUAUCAGAGGAGUAAGAUGGUGCGUUUUAAUUACUAGGGGAAAUUAGCCCUAACCCUAAGUAGUAGCAAUCUUAGAUUUUCCAAUUUCUGCUUUGUUAAAGAAAAAUGUUCAUCUGGUCAGACAAAUGUAAGCCUGCAUUUGAGAAAGUGAAAACCAUACUAUGAAUCUCGCCAGCUUUAACUGCUCCCGACUUCGGUAGGCAGUUCAAACUUUUUGUUGACGCCAACGAUGUUGGUGUUGGUGCUGUUUUUAUGCAAAAACGUUUGACAAAUACCACAUACAUCAGUCCACCAUUUGGAAGGAAUGUUUGGCAUUGAUUUUAGAUCUGAAUGAAUUUGAUGUCUACAUCUCUACUACUAUCAGAGAAUUCUCAGUUGGAGUUUUGCAUUGUAAGAGUAUGAUAUUGAUAUCAAACAUAUCAAAGGCACAGACACUAUUUCAGCUGACGAUUUGAUAGUUAAAGAGACUUUCCUUCUCAAGAAAACUGACUUUUCUUUAAGGAAGGGUGUGUUACAUAUACCAGUAGUUAAAGGGAGACAGCCUUACAGAAAUAUUAAACUGUUGCAUCCUUAUAAGUAAAUAGAUUUUUCUGGAAUCUUCUUGAAGAGAGAUGUGUCAUCAUAUUUAGUUUACAACUGUUUAUUGACAAGUGGUUGUUUAAAAGAUGUGUGUUAGAGAAUUCUAGAAGAGAGAUGGCAUGGUGAUGUACUUAAACAAAUUGGUAUUCAGAACUGGUUUACAAUUGUCAAGGAGAGCUUCAUGAAUUCUGCUGAAGUAUUAGUUGCCUGAUACUGAACUCUGAUUAACACCUUUUAAGGAGAGCUGUAUGAAUUAUGCUGGAUUAUGAAUUGCCUGGAACUUUUAACUCUGGAAUUCAUAAACAUUCUUAAUUCGGGAGAAACGGAUAGGAAAGCAUUAUUUAAAGACAGCUGUUAUAAGAUAAGUAAUUAACAGUGUUGAUACAAUACACAACCUUGUAUACCGCUUAAUUGCAAUUGUCUUUGUUACUUGCUUAGUUCUGUAUACAAUGCAUACAAUUAAAUUGUAUUUUAAACUAAGCUGCUGGGUUUCAUCUUUUUGUUAUUACCACGUAUCACUAGUGACUACAUCCCCUCAAUCGCUCAUAUUUGAAGUUCAAAUGAUAUGCAGAGUCUGGCUAUCUGAUAAAUGACAUUAUUGGAUAGGUAAAUUGGCAUGUAAGAGCAUAUCAGUACUUUAAAGACAGUAACCCAGAUGUUAAUAGAGACUAGGCCUCAAACCGGAGGAAUGUCUGCCUCUACUGUACUGA